AUUUAUUUUUAUUUUCCCCGCCGCUUGUUCGCCCGCUUCCCCACGGGCACUGCGUCGUCCUCCGUCUGGGCGGCAACCGCCGAUCAAUCCAAACUUACGGAGAAAGUCAAAUCCGCCGGAAAAAAUGCCAUGCUUAUCUCCUCGACUCCGCGCAGCAGCUCGCCCCGCAGCCGCAAAAGCUGCUGCGGCCAAAAACAUGUCUUUUCUCCUCCGUCGCCUCUCGAAUUCCUCGGCUUAUUCGACCGCGCGAUGGACUGAUGCCAGCAACCCAAUAAGAUCGAGGAAUUCCACCGCAUCUCGAGCUCUAGAGCAUAGUAUCUACACUAUGCUCACCAUUCACCGUUGGGAGUCCUUAAAUCAUAUGAGUUACAAGUUAACCAAGCUUAGGAAGGUUCAUGGCAAGUUAGCUCUGAAGUUCCUGAAGUGGGUCAUACGGCAGCCUGAAUUUGAUGGACUAACACCAUUCUAUUGUAUUACAAUCCACAUACUAGUUAGGGCACAGAUGUAUACUGCUGCCAAGUCAAUAAUCAAAUACCUUUCCCAUAGUGAUAUUACCAGUCAUUCCCUUAUAAAUUCUCUUCUGCAUAUCCAUCCUCGUUGUAACUCCAAGCCUUCAGUUUUUGAUAUUCUAAUUAAGUACUAUAUUGAGGAAGGGAUGCUCAAGCAUGCUAUGGAAACUUUCCGGCUGAUCAGUUACCAUGGAUAUUCAGCUUCUGUUUAUACAUGCAAUGUUAUGCUUUCAGCUCUUGCAAGAGAGGAAGGUUAUUUUUCUGUCUUAUUGUUUUUCAAGCAUAUGCUCACGGGAAGGAACUGCCCUGAUGUGAGCUCAUUUAAUGUAGUGAUUAAUUCUCUUUGUGUAGCUGGGAAACUUGGAAAGGCUAAUUACAUUUACAAUAAGAUGGAAGAAUUUGGAGUUUCACCAAAUAUAGUUACCUAUAAUACAUUGCUUUAUUGGUUGUGCAAGAAAGGACGAUUCAAGGCUGCUCUUAAUGUAUUGGAUUGCAUGGAACUGAAGGGCAUCAAAGCAGAUGUCUAUACAUAUAAUGUUAUUAUUAACAACUUGUGCAAAGAAAAUAAGAGUGCUAGAGCUUAUUUGCUAUUGAAGCAGAUGAGAAAGAUGAAACUAUCUCCAAGAGAAAGCACGUACAAUACUCUUAUCAGUGGGUUCUGUAAGGAAGGUAAAAUUAGUGCUGCUAAUCAUAUUUUGAAAGAGAUGUUGAAGUUUAAUCUUAAGCCAACUUCCAUUACCUACAAUGCUUUGAUUAAUGGGUAUUGUCGAAUUGGGAAAAUGCAUGAUUCUUUAAGGAUAUUUAAUGAAAUGGAAACUACUGGAGUAACUCCCAAUGAGGUAACCUAUGGUGCUCUUCUCAAUGGAUAUUGCAAGACUUCAGAUCUUGAUGCUGCAUUAAAUCUUGUUGGAAAAAUGAGAUCAAAAGGUAUUGCUAUGAACUGUGUGAUAUACACAAUCUUGAUUGAUGGCCUUUGCAAAGAAGGCAAGGUCAAUGAAGCUCUGCAGUUUCUUAAUAGCAUGGUCAGAGCUGGGGUUUCUCCUGAUGUUGUUACUUAUUCUGCACUAGUUAAUGGUUUGUGCAAAGUAGGCAAGAAAGACCAAAUUAAACAGAUUCAGUCAAAGAUGUACAAAACUGGUGUUCUUCCAAAUCAAAUAUUUUAUGGAACAGUCAUACAUCAUUGUUGUUCCCGUGGAGAUAUUACAGAGGCAAUGAAAUUUUAUGCGGAUAUGUAUCACUUGGGCCAGGAAGCGAACCUAAUCACUUGUAAUUCAUUGAUUUCUGGUUUUUGCAAAAUGGGGAAACUAAGAGAUGCAGAGCUCUUUGUGCAACAUAUGAACAGAAUGAACUUACGUCUUGACUGCACUAGUUUCAAUCUUCUUAUAAAUGGUUACGGAAAUAAGGGUAAUGCUCUAGAAGCAUUGUCUGUUCUCGAUGAAAUGGUUGUCCAGGGCCAUCGACCUACACAUCUUACUUAUACAAAUUUACUUAAAGGGUUGUACAAGGGAGGGAAUUUACUUGAAGCAAAAAAGUUUUUUAUUCAAAUUCUUGAUAUACCCUUUGCUGUUGAUAAUCAUACAUACAACACAUUACUUCUAGCAAUAUGCAAAUUUGGAAACCUCCAUGAUGCUUUGGAUUUAUGCAACAAAAUGAUUAAGAGGAACAUAUUGCCUGAUAGUUAUACAUAUACAAUUCUUCUUAGCGGCUUUUGUCGGAAGGGAAGGAUUGUUCCUGCACUUACUGUAUUUGAAAGCAUGAGGAGUAAAGCAUUUUGUUCUAGCUGUGUUGCUUACACAUGUCUAAUUCAUGCAUUAAUAAAAGAAGGUCAACUAAGAACUGCUUCAUACCUCUUUGAUGAGAUGCUGAAUAUAAAAGGUCUAGACACUGAUAUCAUUGCUUUUAAUACAAUACUUGAUGGUUAUUCAAGAGCACGGUUGAUGCCACAUGUGGAUAAGUUGGUUCGUCUUAUCAAGGAAAGGGGGUUGACUCCAAGCCUUGUGACUUAUAACAUUCUUAUGCGGGGAUAUAGUAAGACAGGACAACUACUACAAGCAUUUAGACUUUACAAAGAAGUGGUACAAAAGGGUUUCAGGCCAGAUAGCUUAACAUACCAUUCACUUAUUUUUGGGCUUUCUGAGUUUGAUAUGGUUGAUCUCGGAGUAAAAGUUUUGGAAAAGAUAAUGUUGAAGGGUGUCACCCCAAAUGAUCUGACUUUUAAUAUGCUCAUUACUAAGUACUGUGAUAAAAGCCAGAUGAAUGAUGCCUUCAAGCUUGUUGGUUGUAUGAAAAAGUUACACAUGUUGCCAAGUGCUGAGACCUAUGAUGCCAUUGUAAGUGGAUUAAACAGAAAAGGUUUUUUCCAUGACUCUUACAUGGUUUUGCAUGAAAUGAUAGAAAAAGGAAUUCGAAUCAAACACACACAUUAUAUUGCACUAAUUAAUGGAAAGUGCAGGACUGGUGAUAUUCAAGGGGCACUUAGACUGAGAGAUGAGAUGGAAGCCUUGAAUCUAGUUCCUAGUGAAGUCACUGGAAGCACUAUCAUAAGGGGUCUUUGUAAGUGUGGAAAACUGGAAGAAGCAAUACUUGUUUUCAAACACAUGCUUCAGACUGGUUCAUUGCCAACCAUUGCAACAUUCACCACACUUAUGCAUAGGUUAUGCAAAGAAAUGAUGCUUGCUGAUGCAUUAUGUUUGAAGGAUGUUAUGGAGAGCUAUGGCAUGAAGCUCGAUAUUAUUUUGUAUAAUGUACUUAUUACAGGAUUGUGCAGCACAGGCCGUCUUUCUGCCGCUUGGAAACUCUAUGAGGAGAUUAAAGAGAAGGGCAUCUGGCCUAAUGUCACAACAUAUAUUGUUCUAAUUGAUGCCUUGUCCAGGGAACAUAAGCUUAUUGAGGGAGACAUACUUUUGAAAGAUUUAGAAAUCAGAGGCCUCAUUUCUUCACAACUGAAUCCCAAAAACGUACCUGAGGGAUUCGUAAAUGCUAUGCGAAGACUAAAUAGUUUAAGGCGAUGUAGAAAAAUGUUAUCUUCAAAGGACACAUGAAACUCCUUACUUCACGGUUCAAUCUUCCUUUAUCAUUUUGAAAGAGCUCUGGUGAUCAUCACAUCAAUGAUAUGCUCCCGACAAGGAUAUUGAACAGAAUUAGGAUUCUGUUAGUCCCUGUGGACUCAUUGGACAGGACACUAUUUCUCAUCAAUAGUCUGUUUUGAUGCACCGUCUGUUUAUUUAAAGUAUGUCCAUCGGAUUAUUGUGCAGUAUCCACUGCAAUUGAAAAUAUGACUUGGAUUGCUUUUCGCUAUGUCAUCCAAACUCAAGCAAGACUAACUGACAUAGGUGUUGAUCUAAGUAUCUGAUCCACCCAAAUCUGGUUAAAGUUUUUUUAUAUGUGACCAAUAGGAGGGUCAAUUUUCAACUCAAAGUGGUAGUGUCAGAAGUGUUGGUGCCUGGCUUGGUUACCUUAAAUAUUUAUUCCAAGCUCGCAGUUGGUUGUAUCUUUUGGUGUGUUUUAAAUGUGUGGAACGUAUGAGGUUUGAGAUUUCAUUCAUCCUGCCUAGAGAAUGCCAUUGAGGGACCUUUGGAACCUCAAUUCAAAGAUAGAUUCAGGUGAUGACAAAUGAAGUCUGGUGAGCAACUCCAGUAGCUGACGCAACGAGUUGCAAUGAUUGUUAAAGAAGGCAACCUUGUUUCUGAAAAAAAAGGUUCCCCGUACCUGUCUGGAAUUUUAUUGAAUGGUUUCAUAGCAUUAUCUGUUUAAUAAGAAUAUAGUGUACACUGGAAGUUUCUACUUGGCGUUCUGGUUUUUGAUGGCUGAAUAACACUUGAGAUGGCUUCCGACCUUCACUAGUAUAUCUAGCACUAUAAACUUUCAUGGAUAAGCUAUUAGUUAAUACUCCCAGGAAAUGUAAAAGAAGGAUCCUAAUCAUUUAGAAAUUUCAACUUAGCAACAUUCCUAUAUAUUGAACCAUGUGGCCGACCAACUACUUGAUGAAACUUCAUUCAAAAAGUCACCGACAGUUCCUCUUUUAAGCUUGAACUUUAUUGCAUUUGAGAAGAGACAAAGCUGCUUUGCCCUAUAAACUUGGGUGUAUUCUUUUGGCAACUAGAAUGUGACUCAUUCGGCCCCUUCUCAUGCCGCAGUUAUGUGAGCACUCUCAGCUAAACACUCCAUGUGCAUCUCAAGAACGGUCGAGCUGGGUCAUGCUAAAAUCUCUCACAUGAUGAAGCUGUUUGUUCGGACCGAAACAUGGCAAUCACAUAGAUGGCAUUAUCAACCAGAUGAAUGUAGAGUUGAACAAUUAAAAGUUUUUCAAGGUGGAUGAUCAAGCUAUGAAGUUGAUGCCACCUUACAGAGCUUCAAUCUGUUGGUCUAGGACACCACCAUGCGUGCGGUGCAGGUUAAAGUAUUCAUCCCUAGGGAUGCUCCGUUGAUUAGAAGACGACAGGCUUGUUAUAAUGGGACAAAGGACAAAUUCUCGUGGGAUACAUGCUUUUGGGAAAAAUAAUCUUUCUCAUCCGUAGCUAACUUACCGAUUGUAUAGAAGCUGAUUUCAUAAUUUAUUUUCUUUCAUAUUAUCAUGAAUUAUA